AUGUCAGCCUCAGAUGCCGGCCUCAAUGUGAUCGGCCUGGUUUCAGGCGGCAAAGACAGCUUCUUCUCGCUUCUUCACUGCCAAGCCAACGGCCACCGCAUUGUGGCGCUCGCUAAUUUGCAUCCAGAACGCUCGUCAAUGCCUGCGACCUUGGAUGGCACAUCAUCCUCACCAUCUCCGGCUGCGGCCCCAACGGCUAGUGUUGCCGCCUCCUUGGUUCCGGUCCUGGACCCUGCUGGCAAGGUUCACAGUCCAGACCAGGAUGAGUCUCCAGCAACCACUUCGCCGGAUCAUCCCAGUGGACCGCUUGCAAAUGAAGCCGCUCCUCGCCAAGAUGAGGAUGAGAGCGACCUCAAUAGCUUCAUGUACCAGACUGUGGGCCACCAGGUUGUCCCACUUUAUUCCGAGGCGACUGGAAUUCCGCUGUAUCGCCGUGCUAUCACCGGCCGGGCCACGCAAUCCGGGAAGGAGUACUCUCACUACCGACGGCCCACCUCAUCCGUGACGGAAGCCGGGGCCGGCCCGGCGCCAAGCCCGGACAAUAAAGAGGUUGGCUCCGGGACCCAAGGUUCUGGCCAAAACUCCGGACAUGGCGCUCCUGGAGCUGAACUUGAGGAAGACGAGACGGAAUCCAUGAUGCCACUGCUCAUGAGAGUUAAGGAGGAACAUCCGGAGGCCAAUGCUAUCUGCGCCGGUGCCAUCUUAAGCACCUAUCAACGUACCCGCGUGGAAUCUGUGGCAACACGGCUUGGGCUAACCCCCCUGGCCUAUCUCUGGAAGUUCCCUGUGCUUCCAGCCCCAGCGUCUUUGGACCCUGCUCUGGGAUCGGAUGCUCAGCUCCUGGAUGAUAUGGCUGUUGCGGGCCUAGAAGCUCGCAUCAUAAAAGUCGCCAGUGGCGGCUUGGAUGAGUCGUUUCUCUGGACCAAUGUGACCAGCACUGCUGGAAAAGCACGGCUCGCCAAGGCAAUGAGACGAUUUGGGACAGCCGAGACCGGUGCUAUCAUCGGCGAAGGGGGUGAAUUUGAGACAUUGGUAGUGGAUGGGCCACCGUCGCUCUUCAAAAAGCGUAUUGUGGUCGAUGAGAAAGACCAGAAAGUAGUUAGGGAAGAGGGAGGCACAGCAUGGCUUAGCCUCAGAAACGCGAGGUUGGAGAGCAAAGAUAUUCUUGAGAAUGAUAGCAAGCCUGAUAUCAGAAUCCCGGACCUCCUUGACCCUAGAUUUGUCGGUGUGCUGGACACUCUCCUGUCACCACAGACCUCUGAAGGUACCCUUUCAGAUCAGACGUAUGGAGACAAGCAGGAUAUACCCUCUUCACUUGACCUCCAAAGGCUGAAAAUAGCUAUGAGCACCCUCCACGAAUGGGGCUUUGUCAGCGACAAGCCGGCGACAAUCGAACAGGAAACUCAGGAUCUCGUUGAAAAGAUCCGUCAGAGGCUACAGGAGACUUCCCUUUCCCCUUCAGCAAUUAUCAGCGCCACUAUACUUCUCCGGCAUAUGGCCGAUUUCCCAACUGUAAACAGAAUUUACAGUUCCCUCUUUGAUGCUCCAAACCCUCCAUCCAGAGUCACCAUUUCCUGCGGAGACGUCCUCUCUGUGACAACAAAAGGAAGCAUUGCCAUCUCCUUGACUGUGCACACAGCUCUUCAGCCAGGCCAGCGCCAAGGACUGCACGUACAAUCCCGAUCCUAUUGGGCUCCUGCCAACAUCGGUCCAUACAGUCAAGCCAUCACAAUCCCAGUCAUGAGCCUGGCUUCAGCUGAGUCCCUUAAUGACUCGACUUCUUCAACUGGUACCCUCCUUGUCAGCAUUGCCGGACAAAUCCCUCUAGUCCCUGCCACCAUGUCCCUUCCGGCCGUUCCACCCAAUGGCAGCAACCUCGAGCUCCAGCUUACGCUCUCCCUUCAGCAUCUCUGGAGAAUUGGUAUCGAAAUGGGCGUUUGCUGGUGGACCAGCGCAGUCGCCUUUUUCCCUGCUUCGUCUUCAGGCGAGGACAUGGACCUGAAAGUCCGUCUUACUGCUCGUGCAUGGCAGAGAGCUCACGUCGCUGAAGAUGAAGACGAUGGUGAGGAAGAGGAUGACGAUGAGGACGAUGGUCCGGACCUCUGGGAUAGACGGUACAACCCGGCGUAUACGACCUUUGCCAGUGCCGAUGAAGGGGGCAGGAAGAAAGGGCCCUCUCUACCAGAUCGUUCAGUACUGUCACCAACUGUUCCGAAGGGGGUCGUGCCGCCUGUGUUUGUAGCUGAAGUUAACGAGUUGCCGCGCUCCGCUAGCGUGGAAUGGCAUGCACACUGGGGCGUCGCUCACGCUCCUGAAGGGGCUGUCAAAGUCACAAGGGAUGUUUUGAAGGCAGGUUCCAGCGCCACUAAAUGUGAGGAGAACAAUCAAGAACGCCAGUUUUUUGUCUCGCACGUUAUUAUUUCAAGCAAUAUCGAGACGUCAGGGUCAUCAGCUCCUUCAGAGGUCGUUGUCGUGCAGACUAUCGUGGCCGAGAGAUAG